AUGUCCAGUAGCACGGCGGCACCAGGCAUGGCGCACCACACCGCAACAGCCUCAUCAUCACAACCUCGGCAUGCCCUACCGCUCCAGAGCGCGUGGGAACGGCACCAUAUCGCUACCGCCGAGACGGCAAUGGCACAACAACAGCAGCAGCACAAUUCAUCGAUCCGGCAUCCCGUCUUCUUCACGGAAAAGCUGCGGCGGCCACCGGUGACCCUGGCGCCUGGCAUGGGCCUCAGUCCUGUGGCGCACGGCUACGUCUAUCAGGAUGGGCGGAGAAGGGCGGCCAAGGGGAGCUCUGCGCCGAAGCUGUAA